CUCUUUCGCUCGAGGAGGUAGAAAAAUUACAAAUGAUAUGGCGGUCGUGAACGAAAACAACAUGUCAAACUUAGAAAAAGUCCCUAAUUUAGGGGCGGAAUCUUCUUCACCUCGGAAAGAGGAUACACAAUUUGAACACAUGAACAUGUCACCAGUAGAGGAGGCUGACCGAAAUACGAUUGUUGGUCACUUAUAUUCAAUUGAAAGUAGAGUUGAGAAGCUUCGAGAACGUGCGCUUGAAAUAGAACAAGAAAAGUGUGUUCUGCUACAGGAGUUACAGCGAAUACAGGAUAACGAUACAAAUAUUGAAUUUACAGAAGAUGAAAGAGAUGAAAUUGAAGCUCUGGCAGAACGACUUGUUUGUCGCUGUUUGACAGUUGAGGUUGGGGUAACAACACCUAGAAAUGAAUCCCAGGAGAGUGCACUGAUGCAUGUUAAUGAGUUGUUGCAGCAGCUGGAAGAUCUAUGUGCAUGUUCAGCAGAGAAGGCCAUUAGGAGAACUGAAGCUUACCUGAAUGCUUGUCUAGCAGAACCUACGGGAAGUAUAGACCAACGAUUCCAAGGCUCCAUCCUGGGCUGUACUGUUGAUGAUCAAAAGAAAGUGAAGUGUAGGCUACAAAGGUUACUACAGAAACUCAGUAAAAGUAACCAGGUGUUAUAAAGCUACUUCAUUCUUAGAUCAGUAUAGUAACAUUUACAUUGUCAUUCAUUGUUAAAAAUACUAUAAUUCCUUGUUAUACUGUUAGUUAUAUAUAUGGUUCUCAAAUGAGUUGGGGAAACUGUUUGCCUUAUAAAUUGUUCUUUUAUUUUCUAU